AGGUGGUCUGUGGGAAACAACUGGUGGUUCCUUAAUAAAAUCCAAAUCCUAUAUAACUCCAAAUCGAACGCAACUAUAUAUACCUAAACCUUUCAACUCUCUUCCCUCUUCAUUCGUGCCCUAUAUAUAUAUAUAUAUUUCUCUCUCCAACCCAGCCCUCUUGUACGUUCUUCACUGGCUCUCAGCUUCAGCUUCAGCUUCAGCUUCUUCAUCUUCGACAUAGUCGCUGUGAAACCCUGCUUUGGUUUUCUUGGUUUUUCCUUUAGGCCCCCCCAAUAGAAAAUUCCGCUCGGACAUUCUUCUUAUGGACUAUGAAUUUUCCGAUAGCAGCGAUACCGAUGAUGAUCUUCCUCCCCCAUCUCACCAAAACAGAGUUCCAAGAGGUAGCCAUGUUACAGGAAAUGGAAGGUCUGCUGUAGGUUCUGUCCCAUUCCUUAGGAUGCAUAGUGACAUGGAGGCCGAAAUUCAUCACCUUGAACAAGAAGCAUACUAUUCAGUCCUGCGUGCUUUUAAAGCUCAGUCCAAUGCCAUUACUUGGGAGAAAGAAGAAAUGAUAACCGAACUUCGGAAAGAGUUGAGAGUAUCAGAUGACGAGCACAGGGAACUUCUGACCAAGGUUAAUGCUGAUGAUAUUAUUCUUAAGAUAAGGGAGUGGAGACAGUCAGGUGGGCAGCAACCUGCCAGACUUAACACGUCUCAUUUUGGUCAUGAUCUUGUACCCAGUCCUACUGUCUCAGCAUCUCGCAAGAAACAGAAGACAUCCCAAUUGGGUCAGCCGUUGUCUGUGUUACCCUCAAUGAAGCCUAUGCAGUACCCUUCCUCAGGUCCUGCCGGAAGUAGACAUUUCGCAAAUCGCAGCUCUUCCGGUGCCAUUGUGGCAAAUGAACCUGCUGACGCUACAACAUUUGAACCAUUAAUUGGAAGGAAAGUGUGGACAAGAUGGCCUGAUGACAACAAUUUCUAUGAGGCUGUCAUAACAGAUUACAACUCUACUGAGGGCCGGCAUGCUUUGGUAUAUGAUAUUAAUACAGCUAAUGAGACCUGGGAGUGGGUUGAUCUCAAAGAGAUCUCUCCCAAGGAUAUUCGAUGGGAUGGUGAGGAUCUAGGCAUAUUGCAUCAAGGGGGUCACAGUGGGCAAGCCCGUGGGUUUAAGAAAGCCUUGAGCCGUGGUGGUGUUGUUCCAGGUGCUGGAAGAGGGAGAGGACCCAUGAGGGUUCAAUCUAGAAAAGAAUUUUUACCAUCACAAAAUGGUAUUGGAAAGAAAGUUUAUGAUGAUAUAGAAUUGCUUAACACUGAUACAUUGGUAAAGGAGGUGGAGAGGGUUUUCAGUGCUAGUCAGCCAGAUCCUUCUGAGCUUGAAAAGGCAAAGAAAAUGCUUAAAGAUCAUGAACAGGCACUCAUUGAUGCAAUUGCCAGGCUUGCUUAUGCAUCUGAUGGUGAAAGUGAUGGAGGGCAGCCACUCUUGAAUGGGCAAUCUUUAGGAUGAUAAUGGAGAAACCAGCAUUACGGUGGAACCUAUUGGGUACCAACUGCAAGGCUGGGCUGUUUGAGGAUUGGUUGUUUUCAAGGUAAUGAGCAAAUAUGAAAUGACGGUUGAGUUUAGGAAUUAGAUGAGCAGCAAGUUGGUGAUGUUGACAGCAUCUCAUUCUGUAUAAUUUUUUGGGUUUUUGCCUCCAAGAUCGUAUCUCCACUUCAAUGCAAGACCCGCUUGGAAAAAUAGUACCUGCUUUGGUAUUUUGGAUGUCAGAAACUCGAAAGAAAGCAUUGAUUUUUUCAUUCAUCAAGUGAAAUUUGCACCGGCAUGGACUCGGUUGUAAAAUAGUAUUAGGGGCAGUGAACAACAUGUAAGUAUAAGAUCUAGAGAUUUUGUUGGUAAUAAUGGCUGUCUUUGAUGUUAAAGGUUGUACUGAAAUUGACUCCCCAGAAAUCUCUAUUUCAAAUAUCCAGGACAUGCAAAAUAUUUGGCCUUC